AUGCUUUCUGUUUGUUACUCUUUAAUGUUACGAGUAGCUGAACUGGUUGCCCGGACUCGUAAUGAAAACAGCGGAACUCGAUCUCGCUUAAACUAUUCUUCCUCCUCUUCGUUUCUCUGUUGGAACCUAUCACCUCUCCGUCAUCAAUUACUCAGGUGGGAGAUGGAUGUUCCGUUUAUUGCUGUUGACACAAGAACCGGAUUCCAUCUAGCCUCGCACAACUUGAAGGCCAUCGACACACAGGCAAGAAGCAAAGAAGCCUUAGCAGUUCUUUGCAACAGCGUGCUAUUGCUGUGGAAAAAUGUCAACGAACGCUCCGAAGAGGAGAGCUUCGACGAGACGCAUUCAACGUUUGUCGUAGAGAGUAGCAACUUGGCUCAAGCCGCAUUAACUACGCAGUAUUUCCACGCGCAUGAACACGUUUUGUGUGUUGUCUUUGGGUCCCAACACCACGUUUUGUAUGAAAUCUUCGCCGAUCACAUAGCCGCUGCUAUUAACGCAAGAACGAAGUUCUCAAAGGACGGCAAAGCUGUUAACAACGUUGCUCGAGCGGCGUUGAGUGACGCUUUCCAAAAGCAGUGCAGUAACCUGGGAAUUGUUGAUGCAGUGCUAGUCGUUAAAGGCCCUAUGAAACGGUUUUCUUUGUGUCACGGACACCUUGCCAAUUCCUCGGAGGCGCUUGACGCGUACAUCAGUGCAGGUCUGUGCUCUGGUAUAUUUACUGAUGGCUCACUUCAGUGUCUGGUCUGUUCAUCAGGUCCUGUUCGCUGUGUUGUUGCAGCACCCGACACAACGCUGGAAAGUAUUGAAAAGAUAGCGGAUGACAAUUUUAUGCUGAGCUGGGCUUUAAACCUCGGUUUAGGCGACUGA